ACGAGGACAUGACUUCUUGUAGAAUUAUUAGAAAAUGUAGCUUUGUGUCAAGUGUCUGACGUCAUCAGUGUGCGUCGAUUGGGUGGUGUGAAGGUCCUCCUGAGCAGGAAGAAGAUGGCGGCGCCCUCGGCUCAGGAGAGAAAGGCAUGCUGGGACUCCAGGGACCGCUACUGGCAAUGCCUGGAUGACACCAAGGAGGACAAGGACAAGUGCCAGCAGAUCAGGAAGGGCUAUGAGCAGAGCUGUCCGCUGACAUGGAUUAAAUACUUUGAUAAGAGACGAGAUUAUCUGAAGUAUAAAGCCGAAAUGGAGCGCAAAGGGUUUGAGCCGCUGGCAGAAACCGCCAAGAACUCCUAGCGCGCCUUUCAUUACAGAGACUGGGCUUUCUAUAAAGACUCCACGUUCUAGAUCGCCUUUUAUUGGGAGCCGGAAACCAAAUCUGAAGACCACCCCGCGGGUUCUGCUCUGCUUUGUAUAUACAGAAUUUAUUAAAUGACUUUGGACUAUAUAUAUAUA